GACUUUAUGCAAGUCUCAAGAGUUGCAAGGCAGGCUGAUGGUUGAAAGAUUUGGGUUCAGCAAAAAGAUUGAAGAAGUUGCCAUUGGUGGACCUGGUGGAAAACCUUUCUUAGGACAACAGAUGUCUUCUCAAAAAUACUACUCGAUGGCAAUUGCUGAUGUGGUGGAUGGUGAGGUAAGGGAUCUAGUAGAGACCGCAUAUUCAAGGGCAAAGCAGAUCAUCACAGCCCACAUUGACAACCUCCACAAACUUGCUCAACUGCUGAUAGAGAAAGAAACUGUUGAUGGGAAAGAGUUUAUGAGCCUCUUCAUUGAUGGCAAAGCUUAGCUAUACGUUUCUUAGAUAUAGAUCGCCUCAAUCGAGUCUUUGUGCGAGUAUUACUAUCAAUUCAAAUCCCAUACAUUUCUUGUGAUUAAACAAAGUCGAUGAGGCCGCCUGCAAGGCAACAAAGAUUUCCACA